AUGGUUCUUCAAGAUCUCGGCCGUCGCAUUAACGCGGCGGUCACAAACCUCACACGAGAGCAAAACCUCGAUGAAAAGGCCUUCGAUGGCAUGCUCAAGGAGAUUUGCGCCGCUCUACUCGAAGCAGACGUCAACGUGAAACUCGUCGGUCAAUUACGAAAGUCCAUCAAAACCACAGUCAACUUUAAAGAACUCCCUCCCGCCGUUAACAAGAAGCGCCUCAUUCAAAAAGCCGUCUUCGAUGAACUCGUCAAACUCGUCGAUCCCCACGCCGAACCGUUUAGACCAAAGAAGGGCAAGAGCAAUGUUAUCAUGUUUGUCGGUCUUCAGGGUGCCGGAAAGACUACGACUUGUACAAAACUCGCGCGACACUACCAGUCCAGAGGUUUCAAGGCUUGUUUAGUCUGUGCAGAUACCUUCCGAGCUGGUGCUUUUGAUCAGUUGAAGCAGAACGCUACAAAGGCCAAGAUUCCUUACUAUGGUUCCCUCACCGAGACCGAUCCCGCCGAGGUCGCACGUACCGGUGUUGAUCAAUUCAAAAAGGAGAAAUUCGAAGUUAUCAUCGUCGAUACGUCAGGUCGCCACCGACAAGAGUCUGCUCUGUUCCAGGAAAUGGUGGACAUUCAAGAAGCUAUCAAGCCCGACGAAACGAUCAUGGUUCUCGACGCAUCAAUCGGUCAACAAGCAGAGUCACAAGCAAAGGCUUUCAAGGAAGCUGCUGAUUUCGGAGCCAUCAUCAUCACCAAGACGGACGGUCAUGCACACGGAGGUGGUGCUAUUUCUGCCGUCGCAGCUACACACACACCCAUCGUGUUUAUCGGUACUGGUGAACACAUGAUGGAUUUCGAAAAGUUUGCUCCUCAACAAUUCGUGCAAAAGUUGCUUGGCAUGGGCGACAUGGCUGGAUUGAUGGAGCACGUUCAAAGUCUCAACCUCAACCAGAAAGACACUAUAAAGCAUAUCCAGGAGGGUAUCUUUACAGUUCGCGACUUGAGGGAUCAACUUUCCAACAUUAUGAAGAUGGGUCCUCUAUCAAAGAUGGCUGGCAUGAUUCCUGGUAUGAGCAACAUGAUGCAGGGUAUGGACGAUGAGGAAGGUGGUGCCAAACUCAAGCGAAUGAUUUAUAUCUGCGAUUCCAUGACCGAUAAGGAACUCGACUCAGACGGCAAGAUUCUCAUCGAUCAACCGACUCGAAUGACACGAAUCGCCCGUGGUUCAGGAACAUCAGUACGAGAAGUCGAGGAUCUCCUCACCCAGCAGCGAAUGAUGGCUGGUAUGGCCAAGAAGAUGGGCGGUAACAUGAAGAACAUGCAGAGAGCACAACAAGCCAUGGGUGGUGGUAACAAGGCACAACAAUUAGCAGCCAUGCAAAAGAGACUACAGAGUAUGGGAGGUGCAGGCGGCGCUGGAGGUAUGCCUGAUAUGGGAAGCUUGAUGAAGAUGCUCGGUGGUGGAGGAGGUGGUGGUGGUAUGCCCGGUAUGCCUGGCGGUAUGGAUAUGCAAGCUAUGAUGCGACAGAUGGGUAUGGGCGGUGGAGGAGGUAUGCCUGGUAUGCCUGGGAUGCCAGGAGGUGGUGGUAGAGGAAAAAGAUGA